GUAUUGACUUGGUUGUACGGAAUCCACAAUUUUAUAAUCGCUAUCAAAUGCAAUCCAAUACUAAGCCAAGUGCCAACUAAUCAAACAAACAAACAAAUAAGCACAAACAAAAGCCUCAUCCUAUCUCUUGAGCGUCAGACUAGGAAAAUGGGAAUCCAAGCUCACUACGUCUCUCUCCACUCUCUUCAUUUCCUUAUUAUUUCAGAUGGGAACAUCACAUUUCCAUCUCUAAGCUUCAAUUAUUCACUCAAUCCUCUAAAGCUUAAUCAAACUCAAUCAUGCCAUCUCCACAAUCCAGUUACCUCCAAACCCUUUUAGCCUCUACUCGCCCCUUCCUUCGCGGAGAGCUUGAAUCCGUCGACGAAAAUCUCCCUGCUUUGGUUUCCGUCUUGCGUUCAGUCGGCGCCGGAGAGUGCUGGCACAAGCACGGCAGCUUUCUUGAUCAUCUCGUUGACAUCUAUCGGAUUCUCAAGAUUUGGAAAGCCCCAGACUGUGUUUGUCUUUGCGGCCUCUUCCAUUCUGCUUAUUCUAAUUCCUAUGUUAAUCUCGCUAUCUUUGAUCCUAACACGGGCCGCGAUGUGGUUCGCGCCCACGUUGGUGAAGCUGCCGAGAAAUUGAUUCACUUAUUUUGCAUCGUCCCUCGCCAACCUCUAAUCCACGAUGAUCUCUUGUUCAAGUAUUCCGAUUCUGAACUCGUCGAACACCUCAAACUGUCUGAGCUAUCAUUGAGAAAUGCGAAGGAGAAAGGUCUGUUCAAUGGAGAGGAGCCUUGGAGGAAGAAAAUCAAUUCUCUUUUGCCAGCGAAAGGGAUCACAGUCAAGCAUAUAAAGACUGGAGAGGAUGUUCUUGUUACGAGAAGAGUGGCGGCUGUAUUUCUGAUGAUGACGAUGGCUGAUUUCAGUGACCAACUGUUUGGAUUUCAAGAUUCGUUGUUUGACAACAUUGAUGGAAGGCUCGAGUUCACUGGUAAUAACUUUACUGCUUUAUGGCCAGGAGAUGGCAAGCCGGGGCUAUGGGUUAAUUCCAUAUCGAGGAUGGGUGCGAUUUACAGUUUGUUACAGAGAGAGGAGGAGAUAUACGUGGAAGAACGGAAAAGGGGUGGUGGCGUCAAGAUCGAUAAGGAGAGAGAUGAGGAGAUAGAGCUGGUGGUGCCUCCAGUUUUUGAGAGAUGCACUAAGAUUUUGGAUGCCAACGAUCAGAUAGUGGCGAGAGACUUGUAUUGGGAAGGCGUUUGUGAUAUGUCUAGAAGAGGGGUCGACAAAGUUGAGGAGCUGUUGUUGAGCUGUGUUGAGAAGAACCCAUUUGUUGGGGAGCCGCAUGUGUUGCUGGGUCAGAUUUACUUGGGAAAAGGGAGGUUUGAAGAGGCGGAGAGACAGGCAGAGAGAGGACUUAUGCUCAUGUUGGAAUGGGGGAGUACUUGGGAUAAGAGGACAUCUUGGGAAGGGUGGAUUGCUUGGGCUAGAGUCCUUCUGAUGAAGGCAAAAGAGAAGUCUUGGCCCCAAACUUCUUGGGGCAUCCUCAAUUUAGGGCUCGUUAGAUAAAGCAAUAUGUGAUGUGAUGUUGCUGGCUGCAAGGAAAGUCUUCAAUGCUGGAAAAAAUAACAAUAUAACAUAUUGUGUUGUUUCAUUCCAUGUUUUUAUUUAGUUAGUUAACUGCAAGAUAGGAGAAAUAAGAAGGUUAAACCUGUAAUGGAAGUUCUUGUGAACCAUUUUCUGGUAGAAAAUGAAGUUCUCUACCAUUUUCUUACAUGCUAUUAAUAUAGACCCAUACAAACUCGAA